UUAGGAUAUAGACAAUUGUGACUUUGUGGAUGUGGUAACUAGUGGAAACUGAAGAUUCUUCACCCACAUCCUGGUUAGUGCUGCUGCGUAAAACAAUUUUUUUAACAAGAUCUGCGCAAGUUUGAAUAUAACCUACUUUACAUUCUCAAGACAGGUAAUGUGAUGUGACCGCUACGGGAUUGUAUUUUUUGUUUCGCUUUUAAGAACCACAAAUCUCUACUGUUGCACAGGGAACAAUGCGUACUACUGGUAGAACUGCACUGUGAGUGGCCCUCAGGAACCAGGUCUGGCCGCCCAGGGAGGGAGCAGGGUUCUGGGUGUAGGGUGCCCCGGCCACUGGGCCUAUGGAGCAGAUCCACUGGGUGAGACACCGCUGGCAGCAGCUGGUGGCCGCAGAGUCAGGUCGAGGCAGGUACUCGGCCCCGGCUGCCCUGCCCACCAAGAGUUCCCCAAAGCACCACAACGCACAGCGGCUCACUGGCAAACGGAGGACGGUCAUCGCCCGCCACGGACCCCACCAGCAUGAGUACGACAGCGUCUCCAAGGGAUGCCAGGGCAACGGCAUCCGCACCACCAAGUAUAGCCUUCUGAGCUUCAUUCCCAUGAACCUGUUCCAGCAGUUCCACAGGGUGGCCAACCUGUAUUUCCUGUUCCUGGUGAUGCUGAACUGGGUCCCAGUUGUGGAGGCCUUUCAGAAGGAGAUAACCAUGAUUCCCCUGGUAGUGGUGCUCAUCGUCAUCGCCAUCAAGGAUGCCCUGGAGGACUACCGCCGCUACCGCUUUGACCAGAAGGUCAACAACAACGUCGCCACAGUAUACAGCGGGAAACAGCAGAUGUAUGUGGACCAGCAUUGGCAGGACGUCCGCGUGGGGGACUUUGUCCGUCUGUCCUGUAACGAGAUCAUCCCUGCAGACAUGCUCCUACUGUACUCCUCUGACCCCCACGGCAUCUGCUACAUCGAGACGGCCAACCUGGACGGGGAGACCAACCUCAAACAGAGACAGAUGGUCAGAGACCUGCCACAACAAGGUUCCGAGUUGACUCCAGAGAACUUCCACAGCCGCAUUGAAUGUGAGAACCCCAACAACGACCUCAGCCGGUUCCGAGGUUACAUGGAGCACCCCAGUAAGGCUCGUGUGGGCUUACACAACGACAACCUCCUCCUGCGAAGCUGCACCAUCCGCAACACAGAGACCAUCAUUGGCAUCGUGGUCUAUGCAGGUCACGAGACCAAAGCCAUGAAGAACAACAGUGGGCCGCGGUAUAAACGCAGUAAACUGGAGCGCAGGAUGAACAUGGACAUACUGUGGAGCGUUGUCCUGCUGGUCAUCAUGUGUCUGACUGCAGCUAUAGGCCAUGGUCUCUGGCUCAGGAACCUGAAGGAAGCUUCCUUUCUGAUCCCUGACAGCACGUCGCCUGCCCUGGCUGGCUUUUACCUGUUCUGGACCAUGAUCAUAGUACUACAGGUGCUCAUCCCUAUCUCCCUGUACGUGUCCAUCGAGAUUGUCAAACUGGGUCAAAUCUUCUUCAUCCAGAACGACGUGGACUUCUAUAAUGAGUACCUGGACUCCAGGAUCCAGUGUCGAGCCCUGAACAUCACAGAGGACUUGGGUCAGAUCCAGUAUGUGUUCUCAGACAAGACUGGCACACUGACAGAGAACAAGAUGGUGUUCCGGCGCUGCACCAUUGCUGGGGUGGAGUACCCCCACGAGGAAAAUGCGCGGAGGCUUGAAGUGUACAAGCAGGAGGAGGACGUGGCGAUGGGUCGCUCCCACACACUCAAGUCACGUGCCAGAGCCAAGUCCCUGAGCUGCAAGUCGCUCAGCUGCAACCGCAGCUCCGUGUCCCUGCACACACUGACAGGCCACUCUGAAGGGGAGGGGGAGGAGACACCCAGCCCCACCCUGCCCCGACACAGCGCCUUCAGCAGCCCCAUGGAGAAGGAUGUAGCCCCGGACCCUCUCCUGGUGCAGAAGCUGAACUGUCUGUCCUCCCCACUCUUCCUUUUGAGGGAAGCCAGUAUGGAGCUCACCUACAUCGUGGACUUCUUCAUGGCUCUGGCCAUCUGCAACACGGUGGUGGUGUCCUCACCCAACCAACCCCGCCAUGUGGUCCAGGUGCCUGAGGUCACCCGUACCCCCCUUAAAUCCCUGGAGGACAUCAAGAUGCUGUUCCAGCGUAUCAGCCUCCCCCGCUUCUCCACACUCUCUCCUCCCCACACUACAGAGAGCCCUCGCAGCUUCACCCGCAGGCUCUUCGCCGGGGGCAAACCAGCCUCCUUCACCCCCAGCCCUUUCCCUAUCCCCACCAAGAGGGGUACAGAGCCAGACGGGGAGCCUAACCUUGAGGCCUCCAUCCUGAGUAUCAAACCAGGGCUGGAUGGAGCCCUUGGAGAGGAUGGGGACCAAGGGUAUGAGGAGGAGGAGGAGGAGGAGGAGGGAGAGCAUGGCUCUUGGAAAGGCAAAGAGGACAAGAUGGUACACCUUAACCCGGGGUCCUGGAGUGGGCUGGAGAACUCUAACAGAGCCCAAGACCCUCCCGGUGAACCUGGGGCAGACGAACUGAUCUAUGAGGCGGAGAGCCCAGACGAGGCGGCUUUGGUCCACGCGGCCAGGGCCUACCACUGCACCCUGCAGGGACGCUCGCUGGAGCGCCUUCUGGUGGAGCUGCCGGGGAUGGGCAGCCUGGCCGUGCGCCUGCUCCACAUCCUGCCCUUCGACUCCACCCGCAAGAGGAUGUCUGUGGUGGUCCGCCACCCGCUCACCAAGCAGGUGGUGGUCUACACCAAGGGAGCCGACUCGGUCAUCAUGGACCUGGCAGAGUCACCUAAAGUUGCUGAGCAUUCAGACGGCAGGCAGGGUCACAUCAGAGAACAGACCCAGAAACACCUAGACAACUACGCCAGGGAAGGCCUUCGCACCCUCUGCAUCGCUAAAAGGGUGUUGGAGGAGGAGGAGUAUGAGGUUUGGUUGAAGUGUCAGGCAUUUGCAGAGACCAGUAUAGAUAACAGAGAGGAGCUUCUACUGGAGUCUGCAGAAAGACUGGAGACCAACCUCACUCUACUGGGGGCAACAGGGAUAGUGGAUAGACUCCAGGAAGAGGUCCCAGAGACAAUCGAGGCACUACAGAGAGCAGGGGUCAAAGUAUGGGUCCUCACAGGGGACAAACAAGAGACUGCCAUAAACAUUGCCUGUGCCUGUAAACUACUCAGGUCAACAGACCAACUGCUGACUGCUAAUUGUGGUAGCAAGGAGGCGUGCAAGGCUUUGUUGUUGGCGCUGCGGGCGGAGGUGGAGCGCGGACAGGCAGCUGAGUGCACGUCGGGCUUCACCCUGGUGGUGGACGGGCGCACGCUAGAAUUCGCCCUGCAGGAGGACCUGAAAGGGGACUUCCUGGAGCUGAGCCGGCGGUGCAGGGCUGUGAUCUGCUGCCGCUCCACCCCCCUGCAGAAGAGCCAGGUGGUACGGCUGGUACGAGACCAGCUCCGAGUCAUGACCCUCGCCAUAGGUGAUGGAGCCAAUGAUGUCAGUAUGAUCCAGGUGGCAGAUGUUGGCAUUGGGAUAUCUGGCCAGGAGGGCAUGCAGGCUGUGAUGUCCAGUGACUUUGCCAUCUCCAGGUUUAAACACCUCCGCAAGCUGCUGUUGGUCCAUGGCCACUGGUGCUACACACGCCUGGCAAACAUGAUUCUCUACUUCUUCUACAAGAAUGUGAUGUAUGUAAACCUGCUGUUCUGGUACCAGUUCUUCUGUGGUUUCUCGGGGAGCGUUAUGACCAACUCCUGGGUGCUCAUCUUCUUCAACCUCCUCUUCACCUCCGCCCCUCCCCUUCUCUAUGGGAUUCUGGACAAAGACGUGUCUGCAGACACCCUCAUUAAGUUCCCGGAGCUCUACAAAUCUGGACAGAAUUCCAAGGCCUACCUCGCUUCUACCUUCUGGCUGACGAUGCUGGACGCUAUUUACCAAAGCCUUGUCUGUUUCUUUGUUCCUUACUUUGCAUAUGCAGGGUCAGAUGCAGACAUGCUCUCCUUUGGUUCUCCCAUCAAUGCCUCGUCCCUCCUCAUCAUCCUACUGCACCAGGUCAUCGAGAGCCGCACACUGACCUGGCUACAUGCGUUAUUGCUGAUGGGUAGUGCUCUCUUCUACUUCUCUUUCACCCUGGUCUUCAGUGUGGUGUGUGUGACGUGUAGCCCCCCCACCAAUCCCCUUGGUGUGGACAAGCUACAGAUGUCCCAACCACUCUUCUACGGAGUGUGUGCCCUCACCACCAUGCUGGCACUGCUACCAAGAUUCCUGUUCCAUGCCCUGCGCAACAGCAUCUGCCCCUCUGACACACUGAAGGCUGCUCUGAUGGACCAGCUCAAUCCAGAUGACUACUGUAGAAGGAUGCAGCGCUGGAACCAGACCCAGGCCCAGAGUAAAACCAGGAGUCUCGUCAUCAACGUGGAAGACUCAGACAUCAAGGUCCCUGACCCUGACUUCAGACUCCCUUCAGAGCUGAAGGAAUGCAGUGCUGCCACUGGCUCUUUGCUCUCCUGACCUCACAGAGGCUACAGGGGGUUGCUACCACAGGAGGCUACUGAGGGGAGGACGGCUCAUAAUAAUGGCUGGAAUGGAGUGAAUGGAAUGGGAUCAACCACAUGGAAA